GAUUUUUUUUUUCAUUUAAAUAAUUUCAAAUCACGCCCAUACACAUACACACACAAAAAUGGAUUCAUCAAAUAUUGAAGAAUCAACAAGUCUAACGACAAUGACACCAUCGACAAAAGGACAUCAUCAUCAUCAUCAUCAUCAUCAUUGUCAUUGUCAACGAUUGACACCAAAAUCAAUGUUAAAUUAUCAAAAUCAAAAUAAUAAUCGUGAACGACGUAUACGAUUGAUUCGUUUAGGUGCCAUUUAUUAUCUAACAUGGAUCAUAUUGAUCAUAUUGGCAACAUCGAUAUGGCCUUAUAUUUAUCUAUUAUUUCCACGACCACAAUGUUGGAAUCAUCGCCAGAUUCAAGUGAAUCUAUCAUUAAUUGUUGCCAUUAUAACCAGUGUUAUUUCAUUAUUAUUAUUGAUCAUACAAUGUUUAUGUACAAGAAUCAAGACGACAAAAUUUCGUCGUAAUUUUUGUCGUACAAGUUUUUUUCUAUUCACAUUGAUUGCCAUUAUAAAUUUUAUCAUUGCCAUUUAUUUUUUCAACAUGUUUAGCUGUUAUUUUGAUCAACAUGAUGGUAAUGAUGGUGAUGAUGAUGAUAUGAUGGCCAUCUUGGCUGGUGAUUGGCUGACAAAUACAACCAUACGUUAUGAUUUGAAAAUUGUUGCCGUUAUUCAUUUGAUUUGUUCAAUUUUGUCAUUUUUUACCGGCAUCGGUUUCGCUAUUAUUCGCCAUAAUUUUAAAUAUGUUUUACGUAUUGAUUUACAUUGAUCAUCAUUCGAUCGCUUUCUCUCUCUCUGUAAUUUUUUUUUUUUUUGUUUUGCUGUGU